AUGGCCAAAAGCGGUAUGGAGGAAUGCAGCCAUUCACCAGAUCAGGAUGCUGCAAACCCUUUGAUACUGACCGGCUAUCAUUCUGAUGAGGACGACAACACACCGCACCUGACUUCCCACAGGGCCGUGACAGCAGAGCAUGUGAAGGCUAAGCUGGCGGGCGCUACGGUCCCCGACACUCAGGUGAUGCAAGCACUGAUUGCGGAGGCGGACUGGCGGGUCCAAUACAGUCAUGAUUACUUGAGCUUCAUUGCCUUCCUGGCGUUUGCUGCACUCUUUUUUGCGGCCAUUGGAUACCAGGUUCGUGUGGGGCAUGAAUACGGGGUCAACGAGUCGCUGUUGCAGGCGUUGCCCCAGGACCCUUCCACGGGGGAGACGCUGCAAAGCUUUGCGUCAGUGGACGACCUGGUGACGUGGCUCAACACGUCACUCAUCACACCCAUCUGGAACGACCCCGGGUGCGGGAAUGGGGUGUGCAAUAGCCCUGCCGAGCUACCAGGGGGUAUCUAUGCGGACAGAGGCUGCCCGGACGAUUGCGGAGACGUCCGGAACGCAACCGUGCAAGUGACGCUGUACGGCGACGCUGGGCGAGCUUUUUCAGCAUCGAGGGACACCUUUCCGGUCCAGAUGUGCUGGGUGGCGCCAAACGACGCUGGCUGCCUGCAAGGGGUCCCCAACCCAGACGCAACUAUUGCGACACAAGAGUCUGUUUACUUUGAGGUCGACUUCUACUUAGACCAAGGAGCAGCUGCCAAGUGGACCGUAGUGGUCCCUUUCCAAGGCCAGACGGCGCAAAUCUCCCUGGUUUUGCGGGAGCAGAUCGUCCUGUUGUUCGGCGGCCCAGACCCCGGCCAGUCCGGUCCGCAAAUCAAUACGUGGUGGCUACGGCCGACGUCCGAUACGCGGGCCGUCGUUUUGGACGGUCGGGCGCUGGCCGAAUACUUGGACCCGGCGCAGGCGUGCUCCGCAGGAUUCGACUACACAGAGUCCUGCUCUAUACCCUUCAAUCCCUCAAUCACCCCUCCUCCGGCCGGCUGUUGCGUGGGGCCCAGGAGCGCAAACGUCAGCCUGCCGUCACUGAACCCGCAGAAGCUGUACCAAGAGUUGCUCAAGACGACGCCGCGCGUCAUCGGCGCGUCCGACAUGCAAGCGAACCGCGUGGUUUCCGGCCUACUCAUCCGGCAAAAGCGGAAGGCAUUCUCACACAAGCAGUGCGGCGACUUUCAGCACAUCUACAACAAGACGGGCCAAUUCUUCUACCACCAGUUCGCAGACAAGUACGGCUCGAUUGACCCAUGGUGCGAGCAUUAUAGCAUCGAUCUCGACGGUCCGUUUGGCAUGGACCCCGUCUUCCUUCCAACUUCGUCCUUGUACAACCCAGCCCUCAACGCGAGUGACUUUUAUGCGCCCGAGGAGAUCUCGCACGUAACCGGCCUCCCCUUCGCAUUCUACAAUCGCACGGCCAAAGGAUUCUACGUCCUCUUCGAUGUGAACCUUAGCGCAAACCGGGCGCAAGACUGGUUGCAAUACCUGGUCGACAGCCAGUUCUUCCAUCGGCAAACCAGCGACAUCAAAAUCAAAGUAAAAGUCUACAACGGCAUCUACUCCAUAUUCUCCCUGCUGUCAGUUGAGGUCCGGUUUGAGUUCGACGGGAGCCUAAGGAUCACGCCACGCGUGGAGUCACUCUCAAUACCGUAUUUCAGCAUCGGGGGUUGGUUCGUCCAGGCUUUGUUUUUUGCGAGCGCCAUUUUCCUUUUCGGCUUAGACCUUCGGAAAGCAGUAACGUUGGCUCGGCAAGGGCGGCUGGGUCGGGCGUACCGCUCUUUGAAACGGUGGAUCAGGACGAUGUCCAACCUCAUCUUCAUGAUCAUGCUAGGGCUCUGGAUUGCAAAAGAGAUUCAGGUCAGCAACCUGAAGCCCAAGAGCCGGUACAACGUUUAUGAAGACCUGAACGCGCCCGCCAGAUACACCCGCUUGGUCGAGGGGGACCUUGCUCCUGCGCUGCUGAUGAAUCAGGAGUUCGAUCGCGACUGGGAUAUGGUCGUGAUCAACAAGGCUUACAUCACGCUGACGGGGAUCAACAUGCUCCUCGUCUUCCUGCGCAUUCUGGACCACAUGCACUUCCACCCCCGCUUGGGAAUGGUCACGCGCACCCUCCACGCGGCGGUGCCCAAUUUGGCGGCGUUCUUCGUCGUCUGGACCAUCUUUGUCUUCAUCUACUCUUCAAUGGGCCAGCUCAUCUUUGGGACGACGGUCUAUGAGCUGUCGACCUUCAGUCUGGCGCUCAACCAGUGCAUCGUCAUGUCUCUUGGAGACACUUCGAUCAAUCAGGCCUUGCUUGACGCAUCCACGACGAUGUGGGAUAAGAUCCCUUCGCGGAUCUAUUUCUGGACCUAUAACAUCCUGGCGCAAUUCAUCAUCCUUCAGUUCCUGGUCGCCAUCGUUGUUGACGUGUUCGGGGUGAUCAAAGACGAAAUUGCGCUCCAAGAGAAGCAGAGCCUGGACUGGCGCGUCGAGUUCAGAUGGCUCGUACGUCAUUGGAGGCAUUUGGGCAGCGUGCGGACAUUGCAAGCUAUCGUGGGCACCUACAAAGAGAAGCAUAUGCACCAUAAACACACUCAACACCGCGGCUCCGCCGGCAGUGGUAGUGGCGGGAAAGCGAAGCCGAAGGCAGUCGUUCAAGAUAAGCCGUCGAGCAAGUACACCUGGCGAGAUAACGUGUUAUUUGUGGACGGGGUGGAUGUGCCGCAGUCUCAGAUGAGAGCAAUCUUGACCCGGUGCCUGGAGGAGCAGUACGGGACUGUAGACCCGGAUACUCUAAACCGGUUGUUAGAGUAUGUCCAUGCGUGCUUCGGAGAUACGCCGUUGGACAGGGGCCUCGGAACGGGUUCUGGCAACCAUCGCGCGUCAAACGUGGGGUCAGGGAAAGCCACCGAACUCUCAAAGCCCCAGUCGCCAGUCCUGGGUCCAAUCUUCCAGUCUUCCAGCAGCUCGGUACCAAUCCUCAGCUUCUCAACCUCAAGCCAGCCUGCGCAGAUCACCAGCAUCACGGCGCCCACAGCUCCUUCCGUUCGGAGUGCUUCCGCAGCCGCUGGCGGAAUCCUGGCCUUCCUCCUCCUCCCAGCGAUGAUGCUCAGCCAGGUCGCCGCACAACCGUACACGUACACGGUGCAGUCAGGCACGGACUACCCGUACAACGACAUCCACCCCUCGGCUGGCCCCGCAGCUCCGAGCGCGUGCGGCUCCAUCGCGUAUGGCGAGAACGCCACGUCCUGCGAGGCGCGCUGCAACGCGGCCGCCGCGUGCGCGGGGUACGUCCAUUAUGCUGACCUCAACUGCUGCUACAUCAAGAGCAAGCUGGUGAACCCCACUGCCAACGCACGGACCGUCACCCAUCUAAAGACAGGCUACCCCGGAUACAUCGUCGAAUACGGGGCGGAUUACCCGAACAACGACAUCACCGCCACAGCAGGCCCCAAAAACAUUGGCCUGUGCGGCAACAGCGCAACUCAGGAGAGCGUCAGUGCUUGUAUCGCGCGCUGCGACAACACGCUCGCGUGCGUCGGUAUCGCGCAUUACGCCGACAACAACUGCUGCUACCUCAAGAGCGUUCAGACCGGCAAGACGUCGAACGCCAGGACCGCCUCCUACAAGAAGACCGUCAUGGGGUGUGUCUACCCGGCCGGCAACGAGUGCGCCAACAUCCCGACCCCGUUCGGCCCCGGUAGCUCCAACUGCGUUUGCGCCGAGUACGUGGGCGGCAGCACCAGCAUUUCCACCGGUAACAGCUGUCAGGCGAACGUCCAGUGCGCCGCCUGCAUGGCCUGCAACACCGACGCCGACUGCCCCUUCCGCUACAACUGCGGCGGCGGGUGCGGCGGAGUGAGCUACAAGAAGCCCGGGUUUAACGGGAUCUGCCUUCCAAACUGCGGGAUCGCGCCCGCAACCAACGGAUCUCAUGCCGGUUGCUAGAUUUCU